UGGUGAGGUGGAUUGUUGACAUGACUGCACCGGAGUAUCAACAGGUACAGUGUGUUUAUGAUAAAAACAGCGUAAAGUCCAGCCGUGAUGGAGGUGGCACAUUCUGCCCCUGAGACUUUCUCUAACAGCGCGAGGACAAGAAACCUGCUUCCUCUUAGCCAACUGGUAGAGGACACCCGAAAAAGUGGAAACGUCCCCCAUCACCUACUUGAAACCAGGGUGUUCGCAAAAUUGAAGAGUAACAGUGUAGUUCAAGCCGAACCGUCAGAACUGCAUUUCAGUGGCUUUGAAGUAGGGAAGGGUUACAAGAAGAUCUUGAAACUUGUCAACAUCUCUUCAGAUGUGCUCAGUGUUCACAUUCUGCCCCCUCAGACAAAGAAUUUUCAAAUUAAGUACACAAAAAAGUGCCGACUGGUCCCGGGUCUGGCGUACACCGUUACAGUGAACUUUCAUCCGGACGAGUGGCGUUAUUUUUGUGAUAACAUCAGAAUUCACUGUGAGGCAGAGGAGAACUUACUAGUUCCUGUUCACGCAUACCCUGUUAUCAAUGACCUUCACAUUCCAUCUCACAUUAGUUUACCACCUGUGCCACUUGGACAGAGCAUCAGUCAUGUGAUUCCACUUAAAUGCAGUUGUCCGAUAGACUUUGAGUUCCAAGUGCAUUGUCUUCAACCCCAUGAGGCCUUUACUGUAAGACCACUAUCAGGGAUAAUUCCGGCAAACGGAAAGACGGAGUUAAAAGUGACUUUUACACCCGUGCGAUAUUGUACAGCUGACAUUACACUGCAACUGGUCAUCUCUCAAUUCAACUCUAAACCUGUCGUUUGGACAGUAACAGGUUCCUCUUCUCCAUACCUGCCGCCCAGUAAAAAGGAUGGAGAUUGCGAGGAUGAUAAUGUUUUGGUUGGAGAGCAAAAGACUGUCGAUGGAAAACCAUUGGGAUCUCAUCAUAGACCUAAAAUGGCUCUAUCCUUGCCUAAGGGUGUUGACAAGAAAAGAAAAGCACAGCUUCAGAUCUCCAACGCAGAUUUCCCCACAAAUGCAGGUCUGAGUGAAAUCCAAACACAAGACAAAACAAGAUCUAAGAACCUUGCUAUGUCUACCAAACCUGCAGACCAGAACAAGAAGAUGAAGGAAAGCACAUUUUCAAAGAAUGCGAAACAAAAGAAGAGAGGCGAUCUUAACCGCUGGAAGGUUGAUGUGGGUAAUGACAAGCUUAAAAUUCGGAAAGAGCAAGAAGAGGCAGUUGGUGAAUGUAAACUCAAAUAUAGUGGUAAAUCUGUGGCCAUUUCAAAAUCCUCACCAAAACGCUCUUCACGAAGAGUUUUGAGAAAUGCAGGACAGCUCCCAGAAUCUACUGGCCAGCUAAAGGUCAGAUCGAAAGCUCUCAGACUCUUCCAGCAAGCUGUUCGUAAGGUUGUUCAUCAAUGUCGUAGGAACAAGACACUUCAGGCAGACAAAGAAUCUGACGAGCAACUUUUAAAGCUGACACCAGAAAAGCUUCUGCCCUUCAGCUUUCCUACAUUUCUACCUGAAGACCAACCUGAUGAACUUGCUGUGAAUGCUUUGGGUCGUGUUCCAGUAAGACCGCCCGUACUGGAUAUGAAACCCAGCACUCCAAUAUUCGAUCUAAAGGUUCCCCAGUAUUACAGAAUUAUGGGCUAUCAGCCAGUCUCUGUCUACGAUGCUGCAGCAACCUUCAUUCCAUCUCACCUGAUGAGAACAUUACGCACUGGAGCGGAGGAUGAGAUUUUGCCGGUGCUGGCUUGUACAUCUGCAGAUCUCAGUGAGGAUGAACCGGACAGGAACGCAGAGGAACAUGAGGGAUCAAAUCAGGAUUUAUAUACCAGUCUUAGUUUCAGUGCUUCUGAAGCAUUACUGAAACCUCCAAAUGUCCAUCCUCUCCAGAUUUUUAAUCCUGCACCCAACGUUCAUGCUUUUAAACCGGCUCCGCUGUACCUGGAAUGUGAUCUAGACUUUCACCUGUGCCCGCUGCCACGAUACACGUCGAAGAGCAUGUAUGCCCCAGCAACACAGAAGAAGUUUCUAGAUAGAAAGGAUGUAAUCAAAGGGGUUAUGACAUGGAAGAAGUUUCCUUCAACAUCUUUGAAGAUUUUAUCCAGGAUGUCAACCCUCACAGGAGACCACGUCUCACACAUGUCUGACCCCUUCACUAACAUAUUGCUUCCUACGGAGGCUCCGCCCGCCCUUCAGGAUCUGCCCGACAGCAUCAGAGAUGAUAUUCAAACUGGCUUGUCAGAUGGCUCAGACCUCCGUCUCACUCCUGAAAUGGUCGAAGCGGAGUUUGGAUUGUCUGGAAGAUCUUCGGCAACAUCUCUGAGAGAGGAUGAAGACGAUGGAACUCCAACACCGAAGGCAUCAGCAACAACCAGCAGAGAGCAAUGUGAGCAGCCACUGGAGUCCAACCACAACAUCAGACUGGGAACAAAAGUUAUGCAAAGUUUUAAACAAUUAAAGUCUUUAGGCAGGACCAGCAGCCUCUCAUCUCAUGAGAAUAAAUAGGGUUCUUAUCCUGGAAUAGAAAAUGCCUUUGUAACUGCUUCGCAAAUUCAAGAAUUUUCAUUCCUGCUAUUAAUUUUUUGAAGAAAGUCAGUAAGAGCCUUGAAGCAGACGGCGUCAGAUCAUGCAAUCAAACAGGCUGUAGUAAAUUACAACGACCACCAGAUGGCAGUCAAUGUCUGUAACAUGAUCCCUAAAAAACGCCUAAAAAGGCAGCCUAAUUAUCACCUUGUAUUGCAGGAAGUUUAUGGUUGGUUGACACAUGUUACCAGUCAUGACAUUUGCAUUCGAAUCGAGUCUUGUAAUUGCAUUUUAACAUAAUUCUGAAAAAAUACAGUGCUGCAAAAUUUGCUGCCAUUGUCCCUCAUAGUUGUAGGGUAUUUUGGGGGGUGGUCAUGGACCAAAAGAGCCCACACCCAAGGUAUUCUGAUUUCCACUUGCUCAUAUUAACUUCUGUUCUCAGCUCUUUUAUAUUAUAAUAUCUUUUUUAUUAAUAUAUUUAUUUAAAAGAUUUUGCAUAUUUUUUGUAAUGAAAUAUAAAGGCUGCUCUGCACUGUAGAACUAAAUGGAGUUGAGUUGUGUAAUAAACUGUAC